UCAAAAUACUGAGGACGGUAGUGAUGUAGCACGCUGUGUAAAACAUGAAUUUACUCUCUUAAACUCUUUCUCCGGGUUUAUCCGUCCAGGAGCCUGCCUUUGCCAUGACUCAGCCUGAGAGCCUCAGCCCAUCUAUGAUGGCCUUGCCUGAAUUCAUAAUGCAAAGAAAACUUCUUGGAUUUGGUGUGCUACUGGCUUGGGUUGUCCUCUUCCAUUUACUGGUCAACGUGUGGCUCCUCUGUGUGUUCACCAGCCUUUUAGUAGUUAUAGGUGGGUGGCUUGGCUCACAGGCUCUCCUCGAGUCUGAAAGUGUCAUCCACCUUGAGCGUUUCAUCACGCUGGACGAGAUCCGAUCUUCCCCUGACGUCGAGAUGCAGCUAGACCACGAGAUCCAGAGCACGGUUUCUAAGAUCAUCCGAGACUUCGUCUCUUCGUGGUAUAACACUGUUUCCACAGAGCCUGGGUUUGAGGAUGAGAUCCACGACGCCAUGAUCUCGAUGGCAAUGCAGCUUAAGCUUCGGGCCAAGAAAGUGGACAGGAAAGCUUUAACUCUGAGGAUAUUAGAUCUUUGCGGAUGCCAUCUUCAGUGCUACGUUAAAGCUAAAGAAAUCAUGGCUGGAAAAGCAGGCGAGGACCAAAGUGUGAGUGCUAAUGAGAGUGUCUGGCAGGCAUACAGCACGUCUUGUGUACCUCACCCAGCUCUUCAAAGCUCUGCUGUAGAAGUGAAUUACGCACGUGCAGUAGUGGAUUUGCUUUUGCACGUUCUUGUCCCGCCACCACAUCUUGAAACCAGGACAGGGAGAUUUGUAGUGUGUGAACUAAUAAUGUGCAAUGUUCUUUUGCCUUUAAUUGCAAAACUGUCAGAUCCCGACUGGUUAAACAUGUUGAUCGUGGAUGUGUUUACGAGGUCCAAAAAUCCAGUAACCAAACCAUCUGAAUCGGAGAAAACGACAUCUCCUCCAAUGAUGCUUUUAAAUAAAGACAAUUCACACGAUGUUGAAGUUCCAUCUUCUCUAACCUUGAAGCUCAAGCCCGACACUCUCAGUGUGACUGACGCACCAACACCCGAAUUGGCAAAUUUGGAUGUUCUUGACUCUGCAGAUCUUUACUGUCCACAGAACCAAGAGGACGAAGGACCAAGGCAGUUGUUUUCUUCAGAGCAUCCAGGUUUCAAUACAAAGGAUUAUUUGCGGCUCGGGAAAUCAAAUCCUUUCUAUCAAGAAACAGACUCUGAUUUGGAGUCUCCUCUAAACGAUUUUAAAAGGAGCUCCUUGGAGUCGCUGGUUCUGAUAGGCACAGAAGAAGAAACGUCAGAGCCUGUUACCGAAUGUCCCACGCUUGCCGACGGAAUACUGGACCCCAAAGACGAGUUCCAUGUCAAUUCUAACGCACCAAGACUCGUGGUCUCGGAGAUACAAGAACAACCCUCUGACACCACUGAUGGGACAGGUGAACCGUCUUUGAGCUUUCGUGCUCUUCAGGAACUUGAAAAGGGUACCACGAAAGCAGAAAUGACUGGCGUGGAGACGUCGGGUAUGGUGAACGUCAACGGGCUGACUCUGUCCGAACCUCUUCAAGCCUCCUCACCUUUAGCCGGCUCCAUGCCACUCUCUCCAUUCACGUUUGAACCCCUCAGUAGUCCUGAAGGCCCCGUCAUUAUUCAGAACCUUCGUAUCACAGGCACCAUCACAGCUAAGGAGCACCGAGGCACGGGCUCUCAUCCAUACACACUCUACACUGUGAAGUACGAAACAGCUGUGGACUCGGAGAAUCCAGGCACGUUGCAGCCAGUGGCUUAUCACAUGGUCAAUCGGCGCUAUAGUGAAUUUCUGAAUCUGCAGACCCGGUUAGAGGAGAAACCUGAAUUACGCAAAAUUCUCAAACAUGUUAAAGGACCUAAAAAAAUCUUUCCUGACCUCCCUUUUGGAAACAUGGACAGUGACCGAGUUGAAGCCAGAAAAGGUUUAUUGGAAACGUUCCUUAAGCAACUUUGUUCAGUACCUGAAACUGCCAACAGUGAAGAAAUGCAAGAGUUUCUUGCCCUUAACACUGAUGCGAGGAUCGCUUUUGUAAAGAAGCCGUUCAUCGUCUCACGAAUAGACAAGAUUGUGGUGAAUGCUAUAGUCGAUACGCUGAAGACAGCCUUCCCUCGUUCAGAGCCACAAAGCCCCACGGAUGAAGUGGACGCUGAGCCUGAUGGGAAAUUAUCUUCAGACAGGAAGAGCAAGUCCAGGAUGCGAUUCUCCAGUAAAACUGCUCCUGCUCUUAACGUGUCCGACAUGAAACCCAAAGUGCUUUACUACUUUGAUGAAGGGAGCACCGUUUUCAAUGGCCUCACCAUGAAUAGUCUAGAGAGCUUCAUCUUGGAGCGGGAGCGUCUUGCGAGUAAAGCACCGCUCCGAGACGCCGAUGGAGAGCGGGAUGUCGGCCUCGGUGCCAAGUGGGUUACGCAGCCCUGCGCGUGUUCGAAAGGAAAGUUGCAAAAUGUCGUUGAAAAUCAGGGGGAGACUGUACUUGCUGACACAGCUCUGAACGUCCUCUAUCUGCUGAUGAAGGAUCAAUGGAGUUGGCUGUGCAGUGAAAAUAUCCAGAGGAGCAUCAGACUGCUAUUUGGGACCCUCGUUGAGCGGUGGCUGGAGGUCGGAGUGGCUAAUCUGACGUGUAUGCAGUACUGGGUGACUUAUUUGCGGGUGCUGCAGCAGGCUGUGUGGCCUGGGGGAAAUCUGCCUGCUCAUCCCCGACCUCAGCGAACCCACCAGCAAAGAGAUGACACCAAACAGCAGUCACUGCAGUGUUUGAUGAAUUUGCUUCCUGAUCUUGUUUCGGAUAUGCUGGGCUCAGAGAAGUACAAGCAUUCCUGGCAGGUCGUUCUCGACUCUCUCCAAGAUUCUACCAUAAACAGGCACCUGGUUUACUGUGUGUGGGAUGUGCUAUUGGAGUUCCUGAUCCCAGAGCUGUCUGAUGACGACUUUCAGAAGAUGCUGCUCCAGAGUCUUUCUAAAAACGCAGAGAAACUCCCACAAUAGGAAUGCCGUGAAACUUGACACGCCUGUUCCAACAACCCGCUACUCUUGUCAGAAUGAGUCAGGUCAGUCAUGGAGGUGAAUGAGGCAAAAUGGAAUAUGUGCAUGGUUUGGUCUGACUCUAAUUUAGCCCUUACGUGUCUGGGUCUCGCACACAAUAUAAUGCAUCUGGCCUAGCUUUGAUUACUGGCCACCUGUUUUGCAUUUUAGCAGGCCUUGACUGAUCUCCAAAACACCCCUGGACCGGAUCUGAAUUAGUGGAGAGCUCUCUUCUCAAGCUCUUAUCCACCUUCUUCCGGCUUGAACUUUGAGCAAACCUUUUACAGAUGGAUUUGUAUUAAAGAUCAUAACACCAGGACAGAUUAGACUUAACUUGGCCCUGCUUUCGAGUCUAUCAUUUAAAGUCACUAAGUUUACUUGCUGCUUAUUUCUCUUGCUCCUUGCCAUGGGCACUGCACUGUGACACAUUUGUCUCUCAUUUGCUUAAGAUUGCAACCUCCAACUUCCUGUUGUAUCUUCCUCCACUUAAUUUAGGUUGGAGGGAUUUUCCAUGUGAGCUGGCAUGAGUUUUGGUGUCUUGCUGAAACCGUACAUGCUUCGAGGGAUCUUUUACAACUUAAUCUUGUCUGUUCACAGAGUGGGACUUGGUAAUUGACUACCUUUUUUUGUUUAUGCUUGGCCUUAAAGUAAAGGUUAUGCAGAAUAUAAGGAGUAUGCAGAGGGGUUUUCUUUCCAUUCCUUUUUCCUGUUCUAAAUAUUGUUGGAUGUUAUGUUACCACAUUUAGAUCCUUGUCUGUAUGCUUUAAUAAUUCUAUAUACCCAUUUCUUUGGAUAUAAAUACUGAAGUAUUUUCCUCACACUUGUGCACUUUGAUGAAAUCAUAAAGAAUAUUAUGGCUGAUGUCUAAAACAGUAAAAAGAAAUGUCUUCUCUGCCUUAACAUGUUUUGUAAACUUGUUUUGUCUGUAAAGCAGUCUAAAGAUGUAAAAGGAAUGGAUCAAAAGCCAUGAAAAAGUAAUUCCUUUGUGGUCAGUAUGUUUAACUUUGUGUUUGAGUGGUCUAAUGUUUCUUGAAAAGGUUUCAUCUGUCAUGUCUACUUCUGUGUUAUGUUUUCUCCCUCAGUAUAGUGAUCCUUGUGAAAUGUUUACUAGCAUGAUCUAGUAAAUAACCCAAUAUGCUCUCCACUGUUGUGUGAAAUGUAAUGUGUAUGCUUCAAUUAUUGCACUACGUAUAAUUGUGUCAGUGGGGAAAUUGUUGUAACUUAAGCUGUGAUUAUAAUAAACAUGCAAAAAUGACUGACCCAAGAUACAUUUCUGCAUAAAUGUCAUGUACAUAUGGGCUCUGUCUUUAAUAUACUCUUUGUUUAGUAAUCACUGUGGAUAUAAUUACAUAUUUAACCACUUUUUUUUAGAUAAUGGUCUUCGAUUUACAGGAGGGGUUGGGGGUUUGAUUUCUGCCUCCACCCUGCGUGCACUGUGCUUGCAUGUUCUCCCUGUGUUUUGAGGGUUUCCUCUGGGUACUCCGGUUUCCUCCCCCAGUCCAAAGACAUGCGUUGUAUGCUGAUUAGCAUCUCUAAAUUGUCUGUAGUGUGUGAAUGUGUGUGCGAUUGUGCCCUGCGAUUGAUCGACACCCCGUCCAGGGUGUCCCCCGAGUCUCCACGGAUAGGCUCCCGGCCCCCCAUGACCCUGUGUAGUAUAAGCGGUACAGAAAAUGGAUGGAUGGAUAGACUGGUUUACCUCAGGAUAAGGCUAAUGCAACACAAUUGACCACAAUUUGACCACCAUCGUUUUUAUUUGUAUAAAACACAAUCCGCAUUGUUAUCUGGUUUCUUGGGAAUCUCAUUUAUUGAAUGUAGCAAAAUCAGGUACUUCAAUCAUGGCUGUUUAUUGAAUAUAACCUCUAAAUCAGCUUCUCUUCUUCUCCCUGGAGCUGGUGGUCAUCAGAUUCCUGAAUCUACAUGUACUACAAAGGCUAUUUGUAAUUAUUAUUGUUGUCAUGCUCUCUGGAUAUCCACAUAACACAACAAUUUGAGCAGUGAUGAGGGGAAAAGAAAACAUUGUUGGCCAGUCCUACUUUGGAGGUGACUCAUGGCCCAGCUGGGAGUCAGACUUGAGUCUUGGCUACAGUGAGUCUUUGUCUCUGCAAAGCAACUGAACCUUUCCAUCUGCUGAAUUUUGGAAUUUUUCAAAAUGCUCAUAUUCAGUAACUACGUUUCUUUCCUGUUCGUCUAGAAAUUAGACAAUACUGAAUAAGUCAUAGUGCUGAAUAAUAUGCUUCAGGUUGAUUAACCGAAUAAUAAUCGGGAAACUGUAAGGGGUAUAUAUUUUGAUGCUUGCUUGAAUACCAAUUUAUAAAUAUAGACAAAACAUUUGAUAUGUUUAUCUUAAUUCUUUAAUGCAUACAAUGGUGGUGUGUUGAUGCUGGAACAAAGAUGCUUGGGAUCUAACAUUUGUAAGCUAAUUAAAGCUAAUCUAUUUUCCGAGGAAAGGGGGGUUGCUGCCUGAGAUCAACAAAAACGGAUAAAGCAGGCCUCCCGUUAUUAAAAUCAGAUCAAGUCUCUGGGAACAAUUCUGGGAUGCCUAUGAUAAACAGAGAUUUGGCGGAAUGUCUGGAAUUUGAGUGUAUCUUAAACAAGGGGGAAACGGUCCAAAAUGUAAGCGAGGCAAGUCCCUAGAGUAGGUUACUCCAGCUCAAUGAUCUCUGAAUACAGUUAAGAAUAUUACAUCGCUUGUAUGCUUAGACACAUCAUCUAAUAUUCAUACUUAUGAAUGGUAUAUCAUAAUCUUAGUUAUAAACAUAAGUUAUAAAGUAUUAAGUUAUAAGUUAAGUAUAAAGUUAUAAGUUAUAAACAUAAACUAUAUGCACAUAUUAAUGCAUACAUUUUCCAUCCUAAAUCCACAAUUUCUUUUCCUAGUAAUGUCCUUAUUAUAAUUGCUUAUUACGUUACGUACUGCUUUAAAUAUAGUCUUGCCGUGGAAUGGAAAUUAACACGCAGCUCCCCAAUGAUCAAUGAUUCAUUAUUUCAGUGAACGGUUGCAGCAUGGAUGCUUUUAUUGAAGCAGUAUAUAACAUUUCUCAAGAUCAGUGAUCCUC